AUGGAUUUUGAUGCAAAGGCUGCCCAUCGUAAAAGCAGGGCUCCUUGGAAGCUUCCAUCUAGCAGUGAGAAACUGAACAAUCCAUAUGCCAAUGCCAAUGCGUUUGCUCCUCGAACAGCAGAAUCAAGAGACCUGGAUAACCUACUGGUACCAAACCCAUACAACAAUAGAUCUAACAAAAACAAGAAGACCAGGCGACUGAGUAUCCAUGCAUCGGCGUCAGCAGCAGCGCAUACGAGGAACAUGAUAGAUGCAGCCAAGGCUCCACCUGUGCCUCAACUACCAGAUCUCAAUGCUUUAAAGGCAGCUGUUGAGUCCAAACCAGCCCGUGGAGAGUCUGAUAACAUUAAUAGCAGACUUCUUGACGACUUGGCCAAUGGAACGGCUGCUGAAAUCGACGAUUACUACAAGGUGUUGGUAAAACAAAGAGCAGUGGUGGAACGAGAUAUCAAGAAUAGCAUCAAUGAAAAUCAGAAAAACAUCCUUGAGUUGAUGACUGAUCUCAAGGACACUCAAGAUGAACUAUUGCAACUAAGAAUUUCCUCGAGAGAGUUGAUGGAAGUGUUGGAUGAGUUCAAAGAUGCCGCUGAACGAAGAUUGAGCUUGGAAGAAAAGCCAGAUGAACGCUCUCCAUAUGGUACAAAAAAGCCUAAACGUAAAGACCGUUCCUCGAUUAUAGUGUUGGAGAAAAUGUGGGUUAGUGAGUUACAGUCGUUGUUUAAACAUGUUGAAGGUGCCUCGAAACUUAUUCAAAGUGUGCAAGGCAGACAUGUGCUUGCAGAAAGUGGAAGGUGGUUUGAGAUUAACAUUGGCAAUUGGAAAGCCAUAAAAGCCAUUCAUAUAUUUGUGUUAAAUGAUCUCAUAUUGAUUGCUACUAAGAAGUCCUCGUCUUCCUCCAAGAAUGCAAGCAAUAAGUCCAGGCUUCAGGCAGUCCAUUGCUGGCCGUUACAUGAUGUACAGCUUCAGGUAAUCAACCAAAGGAAAGCAGAUGAUGACCCCAACAAAACUUAUCUUAUUCUGUUAACCACCCGAUCAGGAGGAUAUGUUUAUCAAACAGACCGGUACGACCAUUUCGUGAAGAUUAAUGAUGCCUAUAAUAAAGGGAAGAGUGAACUUUCACAGAAAGAGAGAUUCUAUGACAUCAGAGGGUCAACCCAUGAAGAUGGCUUUGAGACUGAUGACGAAAAGAGACAGCUUCGAGAAUCUCUAAGAAACUCUGGAGUCUUCGACGAAGAAAACAAUAAUAAGAGAAGAAGUGGUUCUCAUAGACACAGUGCUGAUAUCUUACUACAAGAUAUAUCUGCUAGAGUUCAUUCCAGAAACCGGUCGCAUGAUUUCUCUGCAAAUGGUAAAUUUUCAAACUUCACCAAGAACGAUAAGGGUCAAUUUUUCAACGAGUUAAAGAGAGUUGAGGAUAGACUUGACGAAGUGGAUGUUGAGAUUGCCCAUGAUAAAUACCCUGAAGCGGUCGGUAUGAUAAACUAUAUCGAGAAUAAGGUGCUCAAUGUGGAAAGGAUUGUGAGCAAGACUGAAACAAGUGAUCAAGAAACUAUGGCAUCUCUAGACGAAAUUAAGCUAUUGGUGGAUGUAAUCAAGUUGAAGCUCUCUAAUAGAAAACAAGAAGUUCAGCGCUCCUUGUCCUUCAACUUGCAGCACAACAUAGCUAAACUCAAAACAUCUGAAUUGGGGGAGAUCCUCGAAUUCUUCUACAGUUUUGGGGUAUUGGAUAAGGGUAUUUCAGCAUUUUUACGGGCUACUACUGCCAACUUGGCCAACAUCAUCUCCAAGUUGGUGGUCACUGUUCAAGGAUCCACCAAAGCAGAUGUGGGUAACUAUAUUUCUAAUAUGGUGAUCAUCUAUGUAUCCAUUAUGAAGAAAACCAUUUCUUCAUACAAGGAAUGCAUUUUCCCUAUAUUGGAAAGGGACAAUGGUGGGAACGUUGACUCAAGUGGUUUGAUCAACUGGUGUAUUGAAGAGGGUAUAAAUUUGAUCAAGUCUAUAAAGAAGCAGUUGUUAGGUACUCUCUUAACUCCGGAAGACCCCGAUGACGAUAAUAACACCAAACUCCUCAUCAAAGACAAGCCGUUGUUCAAAUCGUUUUUGAACGUCUUGGAGCCUCAGCUUGAUGACCUCAAGUCUGUGGGUAUCAACAUCGAUUACCUAUUCGAUGAUAUUUUGAAUGCUAGUAGUAUCUAA